GUAAUUAGAUUAGGGUUAGGGCAAAUUGAUCGUAUUUAUGACCCUAUUAAUCUGUCUAAUUCACUUUAGCUGUGAUUUCUUGUACGCGCAAUAAAAAGCGUUGUUGUUUGUUUUGAUUUUAUUAGUCGGACGAGUAAUAAUUAAGUUCCGGUGGUUGAACUCACGAACAAUACGCAUGUAUUAUGGUUUUAUAACGUUUUUCAAACAGUACGAAAAGAAGUGAAAAAAAAUCAUAAUGAAAAUACCGACAACCAGCGUUUGAUAAUUCGUGUUUUUUAGUCGUCGUGAUGUAACGCCGUAGCCGUUUUAUUGGCUUUUUUUUUACUUUUCUGUAAUUUUCUCUCGAUGGUUGACGUUAUUACCACAAAAAGACCGAAUAAAAACUAUGUACUCGAAGCGUUGAUCAGUUUUCUAAUAGUCUGUUGACGAAGAAGCGGUAUGCCAUGAAAAGUAUAGCUUUUAUAGGCUGCGUAUAUAUUUCACUCGUAUCGAUUUGCGUUACAAAUGUUCACUCGAAUUGGAUGUAUUUGGGUCUGGUCGGUGUACCUCCGCCGUUGCAGCAACAACAGGGCGAGCCUGGGACAGCAGUAGAGGAUCCUGGCGCCUUGAAAGCGAACGCCAUUUGCGGAGCUCUAACUAGCCUGUCUCCUGAACAAGUGGAAGUAUGCAUGAAGCAUCCUAGUAUCAUUUACGCGGUCGCCAAUGGCGCUCAUAAGGGUAUUCAAGAAUGUCAGUAUCAGUUCAAAAACGAACGAUGGAAUUGCUCGACAAAUGAAGAUGAUCAGGAUGUAUUCGGAUAUGUGUUAAAAUCUGGGAGUAAAGAGACAGCAUUUAUUUACGCAGUGACCAGCGCCGGAGUGGUCCACGCAGUGACUCAAGGUUGCAGUGCCGGAGACUUAGCUGAAUGUAAUUGUGAUACAACUUCUCAAGGCAGAAACACUCCCGAAGGAUGGAAAUGGGGUGGAUGCAGCGACAACAUCGAUUACGGAAUCGAAUUCGCUAGAAAAUUUAUCGAUUCGCCAGAACAGCUGCAUCCGCAUAAAAAACACGAUAACAAAUCGAAGCACAGAAUCCAAAUGAAUUUGCAUAACAAUGAAGCGGGACGCGAGAUCGUGCAAUCGUUAAUGCGCAUGCAUUGUCGGUGCCAUGGCGUAUCAGGAUCGUGUGAAUUGAAAACUUGCUGGAGAACCAUACCGCCGUUUAAUGACAUAGGGGAUGUUAUAAAGGAGAAAUAUAACGAUGCCGUUAUGUUACGCCUUUCCAGAAAAUCUCGCAGCAAACGUAAUAAAGUCAGGAUAAAAAAAGAAAUCAAAAAAAGCGAUCUAGUACACGUGAAUAAAUCACCAAAUUUCUGUAAGCACAAUCCAAAAAAAGGUAUCCUCGGAACGAAGGGUAGAUUCUGUAAUAAAUCCUCCGAUGGGCCGGAUUCUUGCGACGUGCUAUGUUGCGGUCGCGGAUAUGAAACUCAGGUUGUGAAAAUAAAGGAAAAAUGCCACUGUAAAUUCGUAUGGUGUUGUUAUGUGAAAUGCAAAACAUGCGAGAAAGAAUUAUAUAUGCAUUCUUGUAAAUAGAAUCAUUGCCUGUUACCAUUUUGUGUUCUAAAUCAUGACAUUUAACGCACGGCAUUGGAAGUGGAGUAAUUUACCGGGGCAUAUAUAUACAGACAGUUUGUACAGGCCAGAUAUAUACGUACAAUAUCAGCGGAUAUUUGGACAAAAUAGCAGUUGCACACCAAAGUAUACUUUAAUUUUCAAUAUUUUAUUAUUUAAAAAAAAAACGAUUUUUACGCUUUCGUGAACAUCACAAUAUUAUUUUAUUUAUAAUCGACUCGCAGUUUCUAGUCUUCGAUUGUAAUAGAGAGAGAAUUGCGUGAACAUUUUUCAAAGUAUACGAAAUUUAUAAGGACAUAUUUUGGUAACAACGCCACACCAAGAAGGAGGUUCCAAAAUUCAUGAUGAUGUGUAAUUUUUUUUUAAAAACCUCCUUUUUCUCAACUCAAGUAUACCGAUCGAUGUAUUUUUUUCUCCGCAAUACCGUGACAGUAUUCUAUAAUAAUAAGGAUUAUGUAACAUAUCAGGUCUGUGUUCCUGUUUAAUAGGUGUAGCUUUUUACUUAUGCAGUAUUCGAAAUAAUUCCAGUUCGUGUAAUUCCACUCGACUAUGUAUACUAAAAAAUGCAUAUUUUUUUUUUACUUUUUUAUACUUGUGAAAUUUUCCAUUCUAUUGAAUAACUUACUUUAACGCUCCAUUUGCCUGCGCUUUUUUUUCAAAUUAACUGCUGCGUAAGCAAUUUUUUAUUACCAUUACAUUUUAAGACUGGAUUUAAGCAAUGUAAUAAUUAACUAUUUUAACGUUUUGAUUUUUUUAAUCUAAUUAAAUUGACGUGGUCUGUAUGAUGAGAGGAAUGUUGAGAAAGAAUCCACAAGGGAAAUUGAAAGCAGUCAUUUUUAUGGGAUGGAUUAUCACUCAGUAGAUAUUGAUCCAGUGAUGAGGCGUUUGAGAUGAAAAUUUGUUAAAUAGUGGAAAUUUUUGAUCCUCUUUCCUUUAUGGAUUUUUUCUCCUACUCUCGUUUGUAAUCUUGCCUGGUUUUAGUAAUAAUUAUUUAUACGUAUGACCGCCGAGAUUGAUUUACAUUCGAUUUUAAUAUGUGUAGCAAGACAACUUUCGUAUUUUUUAAUUUUUAACUGUAUUAAUUUUAUUGCGUGUAUUUUGUGUUUUGAUUUAUUCAUUUCGGGAAAUGUUCUUGAGCCAAUGAAAAUUGAUCCGACUUUGAUAUAAUUACUGAAUAGUAGUCCAAAAUUCCAAUCUGAGAUCCUAACCCCUCCCCCCCCUCCGCAUACCAAACUGCAAUUUCAUUUUAAAUGCAUAUGAAAAUUAAUCAUCGAAAUUAUUUUAGCCAAGUUUUUUUUGAUUUGAAACUGUGCUACGUUUUUCACUAUUUGGAACCUUUGAGGAAUUCCCAUGAAAAUCAAAAUUUACGAAUUGAAACGAUGCCACAGAUUUGAGCUGGAUAGGUCAACUGUUUUCAUUGUAUUAAUUAAAAAGCUGGUUUAAAAAAUUGCUCACGUCAUUAUUUUCAAAUUUUUUUAUCACUAAUUAUCGAAAGAAAAUUCGACGAUGAAAAUAUAAAAAUGAUAAUGAAACUGCUCUUUCAAAAAAAAAAAUAUUUUCGUUACCUAAUUUUUAAAUUUUAAAACUCAGCACCCUCACAAGAUUUGUUUAAGAAACUACCACACUUGAUCAACAUUUUCAUGGGGAAAAUUCCAAAAUAUGAAUUUUCUCUCAUUUUUCGAACGUUAGCCAUGAUUAGGUGAACAACCUACAUUCACAAAAUCGAACUUUCACGAACAAAUUUAAUUGGAGAUCUGAGUAUAUUCUUUCAAUCGUUUGUAAAAUUUGUUUUUUUUGACACGGAGGAUUUUUUGAACGAACCCCUCAAUUUAAAAACCCUCUAAGAAAACAAGAAGCUAUGAUUUUCAACAAAUGUAUUUUUGAACAAAUUUUUUUAAUCUUUUGAAUAUCCUCCCUUCCCCAAGAUGGCAGAUUGUUUGUUUUUUUUAUUAAUAUGAUCCAUCGAAACACUAUUUUUUUUUCAAUCGCAAUUUAGGAAAAGUAAUGAAAAUCACUUAAUAAAAGUUUUUCAAGAGCACAUUUUUUUUUCAGUUUUUUUCUCGUUUUUUAAAAAAUAUUUUAUAAAAACACUAAAAGGUUUGAUUUUUGACAAACAAAGCCCUUUCUUUUUUUCAGUUUCAAUUCUGAUUUUUGAGACUUUAGGCUCAGACUUUUUUUAAGAGGAAAGGGGUGUCGCACUCAGACUGAAAAAAUUUUAAUAUUUUCUGCUUUAAUUAUUCAAAAUCUCUUUUAAAAAAAACACACACACACAAAUAAAAUGAUGUGAUUUUUGACAAAUUUACUUAAGUAAUGCUCUUCUGAAGAAAAUAAAUGAAUAAAAUUCAGUUCCAAAUUUUAUCUUAAGAAUUCUGGGAUCAGUAAGAAUAUUUUUUAAAAACUGAACCAUUUUCGUUUUAAUCAUUUGAGACCCCUCGAAAAAACUAAAGGUCUCAAAUUCUGAAAUUUCUUGCUUAAAAUUCAGUUUUAACUGUUAAUUUAGGAAUUUUGGAAGCGAUACUUCUUUUUUUGCGGAGAGUGAGGGGGAGAUGGGUGAUCUUCAAAAUUCAAUCGGUCCCGUCUUCUCAAAUUUUUUUCAUUUUCUCCCUUUCAAUAAUUUGUAUGAUUGUGUUGAACAUUAACAUAAAAAUUACAUACAAAAUCAACUCACUUUAAAAAUUCAUCUUUGGUUGAACAUAUUUUAGUGCUUUUGAUCCUUGAGAUUGACCACGAACAUUUUUCAUCAAAUAACGAAGAAAUCUGUAGCUUUCCUGAAAUGAAAACAAAUCAAAUAUCAUUAUUUUAUAUUCACUUCAUGAUCUAUUUUCAUAAAAACUAAAAAGGAUCAACUUUUGGCUCAGGGCCAUUCCAUAUAAUUCCAUGACAGUUAAACUGUUACAUACGAGUAGUAUUAUUAAACCAAAAAAUUGCAUUUAUUCUUGAAGAUAGGUAGAUAGAGGUAUAUACUCAUACCUACACAUUCUUGUUGUGAAUUUGUAUGUGACAUAGCCUAUCAUCUUCGUCUAUAAACCCUAGAUUAUUAUAGCUUUUAAAGCUUUACAUGUAUUUUGUUUUCAUCUUGAAACCUGGCCAAAAAAUUACAGAAACGGACAAAAGGAACCGGAAAAUAGGGAAGAUUUUCUCUGGCAAUUUAUUAUGUUCCUUUUUUGCAGCUAUCAAUCUGCGUUGUUUAGUCUUUGAUCUCAUUUAUCCGAAAUACAUAAUAUCUAAGUGUGAUUUUUCUUCUCUUUCGCUUUACUCUCUCUCUUGUUUCACGAUAAUAUUAACCAAGUUUCUAACAAUGUUAAGCCUCCAUGAUAGUGAGUGAUGUACUAAUUUAGGAAAAGGAAGUACAAAUUUUGUAACGCAUCAUUUGUAUCACUCUUACAAAUUUGUGUUAGCUUAGAUAUUUAUUUACUUUUUUUUUUGUCUUUAUUUUAAAUCCUAGGGUUGUAAUAUUUUCUUUUUUCUUUUCUUUCUUUUUUCUCCUUUUUUAAAAUAAAUUUUAAUAACUGUA